AUGGCUGCACCCUGGGCUGAUGAGCCUUUCACCCUCAUCUCUAUACCUGGCCGCGGUGUGAACCUCUCCAAAGCUCAUGGAUCCGUAUAUGUCGCUCGUGAAAUGGCAUUUGCGCACAAUGGCAUGAUUCGAGCUCUCAACAGCGUCUAUCAGCAAUGCAUCUACGUCUCUGCCUCCAUCGACAUCACCGACUUGCUGAAAUACGCACAAUUCUGGUGCCAAUGGAUUCGUGAGCAUCACCAGGGUGAAGAAGCGUUGUUCUUCCCUCAAAUAGAAAAAAUCACAGGCGAAAAGGGCCUGAUGGAGCGUAACGUGGCUCAGCAUCACGCUUUCGAGUCUGGACUGGCAGAGUUUGAGACAUGGUUGAACAAAUGCAAACCUGAAAGCUACGACGGCAAGGAAUUGAGAGCUCUAAUCGACGGUUUCGGUAAGAUUUUGAUUCAGCAUUUGACAGAAGAGAUCCAGACACUUCUGGAUCUAACAGCAUAUGACGGGAAAGCUUUGAGAGACGCAUGGAACGUGUUCGAUCUGGAGAUGCGGAAAGGCGACAAGGUGAGCAUGUUUUCCCUCGUGGCUACCUAUGAGAAGUAA